CCGGAACCGCCUGCCAGGCCCGGCCUGAGGACGAGACACCCAGCCCCAGCCCCGGCCCACGCCGCCCUCGGCCUUGAGGAGGAGAAUGUCCCAGAAAUCUUGGAUAGAAAAUACUUUCACCAAACGGGAAUGUGUGUAUAUUAUACCAAGUUCAAAGGACCCUCACAGAUGCCUUCCAGGAUGUCAAAUUUGUCAGCAACUUGUCAGGUGCUGCUGUGGCCGCUUGGUCCGGCAACAUGCUUGCUUCACUGCAAGCCUUGCCAUGAAAUAUUCAGAUGUGAAACUGGGUGAAAAUUUUAAUCAGGAAAUAGAAGAGUGGUCAGUAGAAAAACACACCGAACAGAGUCCAACAGAUGCUUAUGGUAUCAUUAACUUUCAAGGGGGUUCUCAUUCCUACCGAGCCAAGUAUGUACGAUUGUCUUAUGACACCAAACCUGAAGCCAUCCUACAACUUAUGCUUAAAGAAUGGCAGAUGGAAUUGCCAAAACUUGUUAUUUCUGUUCAUGGAGGGAUGCAGAAAUUUGAGCUUCAUCCACGCAUCAAGCAACUGCUUGGUAAAGGACUUAUUAAAGCUGCCGUGACAACAGGAGCCUGGAUUAUAACUGGAGGAGUGAAUACAGGGGUUGCAAAACAUGUGGGUGAUGCUCUUAAGGAACAUGCCUCUCGAUCAUCUCGAAAGAUUUGCACUAUUGGAAUUGCACCGUGGGGAGUGAUUGAAAACAGAAACGAUCUCGUUGGGAGAGAUGUGGUCGCCCCAUAUCAAACCCUUUUAAAUCCUUUAAGUAAACUAAAUGUCCUCAAUAAUCUUCAUUCACAUUUCAUCCUGGUGGAUGAUGGAACCGUUGGCAAAUAUGGAGCUGAAGUAAAGCUGCGGCGAGAACUGGAAAAAACAAUCAACCUGCAAAGGAUUCAUGCAAGAAUUGGCCAGGGUGUCCCCGUGGUGGCACUCAUAUUUGAAGGAGGCCCCAAUGUUGUCCUUACUGUUUUGGAAUACCUUCAGGAAAGUCCUCCUGUGCCAGUUGUGAUUUGUGAAGGAACUGGCAGAGCGGCAGACAUCUUGGCUUAUGUAUAUAAGCAAACAGAAGAGGGAGGAAUUAUUCCUGAUGGAGUCGAACCCGAAAUCAUUUCAACCAUCAAAAAGACAUUUAAUUUUGGCCAGAGUGAAGCAGUCCAUUUGUUCCAGACAUUGCUGGAGUGCAUGAAAAAAAGAGAGCUUAUCACUGUAUUCCAUAUUGGUUCUGAUGAGCAUCAGGAUAUUGAUGUUGCCAUCCUUACAGCGCUACUAAAAGGAACAAAUGCUUCUGCAUUUGACCAGCUUGUCCUUACUCUUGCAUGGGAUAGAGUUGACAUUGCCAAAAAUCAUGUUUUUGUUUAUGGACAACAGUGGCUGGUUGGCUCUUUGGAGCAGGCAAUGUUAGAUGCCCUUGUGAUGGACAGAGUUGCCUUUGUGAAACUUCUUAUUGAAAAUGGAGUGAGCAUGCACAAAUUUCUCACAAUCCCAAGGCUUGAAGAACUUUAUAACACUAAACAAGGCCCAACAAAUCCAGCGUUAUUCCACCUCGUCCGAGAUGUGAAACAGGGAAACCUCCCUCCUGGAUAUAAACUUACUUUGAUUGAUGUGGGACUUGUUGUCGAGUAUUUGAUGGGAGGAACCUAUAGAUGUACUUACACACGAAAACGCUUCAGAGUGAUUUACAACAGCCUCAGUAGCAGCAAUCGGCGUUCUGGGCGAAAUGCUUCAGGAAGCACCCCUCAGUUGCGUAAAAACCACGAACCUUUUGGGAACAGGGUGGAUAAGAAAGAGAAAAUGCGGCAUAAUCACUUCAUCAAAACUGCACAGCCUUACAAACCAAAGGCCGAUACUACUACAGAUGAAGGAAAAAAGAAGAAAACCAAAGAUGACAUUGUAGACAUUGAUGAUCCAGAAACAAGACGCUUUCCUUACCCUCUUAAUGAGUUGUUACUCUGGGCAGUACUGAUGAAGAGGCAGAAAAUGGCCCUCUUCUUCUGGCAGCAUGGCGAAGAGUCCAUGGCAAAAGCCUUAGUAGCCUGCAAGCUCUAUCGCUCGAUGGCCUACGAAUCCAAGCAAAGUGACCUUGUCGAUGAUACCUCAGAGGAAAUCAAACAGUAUUCUAAUGAAUUUGGACAGCUGGCAGUUGAGCUACUAGAGCAGUCAUUUCGCCAAGAUGAAACGAUGGCUAUGAAGUUGCUAACAUACGAACUGAAAAACUGGAGUAACGCCACCUGCCUUAAACUUGCAGUGUCUUCACGUCUUCGCCCUUUUGUAGCUCAUACCUGUACACAAAUGUUGUUGUCUGAUAUGUGGAUGGGAAGACUGAACAUGAGGAAGAAUUCAUGGUACAAGGUGAUACUGAGCAUCUUGCUCCCUCCUACCAUCCUAAUGCUGGAAUACAAAACCAAGGCAGAAAUGUCCCAUAUUCCUCAGUCUCAGGAUGCACAUCAGAUGACAAUGGAAGACAGUGAAAAUAACUUCCAAAACAUAGCAGAAGAGAUACCAAUGGAUGUGUUUAAAGAAGUACGGAUCAUGGACAGCAUGGAAGAGAAGCAUGACAUGGAGACAGUGAUAAAACCCAAGAGGCUGCCCAUAACACGGAAAUUUUAUGCCUUCUAUCAUGCACCAAUAGUAAAGUUCUGGUUUAACACGUUGGCAUACUUAGGAUUCCUGAUGCUUUACACUUUUGUGGUUCUUGUGAAAAUGGGAGAGCUGCCUUCAGUUCAAGAAUGGAUUGUCAUUUCAUACAUUUUCACGUUGGCUGUUGAGAAAAUUCGUGAGAUCUUUAUGUCGGAGGCUGGGAAGAUUAGUCAGAAGAUUAAAGUGUGGUUCAGUGAUUAUUUCAAUGUCAGUGAUACAAUAGCCAUUAUCACCUUCUUCAUUGGUUUUGUACUAAGAUUUGGAGCAAAAGGGGACUUUGAUGAAAAAACAUAUCAAGUCAACUAUGUGUUUGUUGCUGGAAGAUUAAUCUACUGUCUGAAUAUAAUAUUUUGGUAUGUUCGAUUACUGGAUUUUCUGGCUGUAAACCAACAUGCUGGACCUUACGUCAUGAUGAUUGGGAAAAUGGUGGCCAACAUGUUCUACAUUGUAGUUAUUAUGGCACUUGUUUUGCUCAGCUUUGGAGUCCCUAGGAAGGCAAUACUUUAUCCUAACGAAGAGCCAUCCUGGAUUCUAGCAAAAGAUAUCGUGUUUCAGCCAUACUGGAUGAUCUUUGGUGAAGUGUAUGCCUACGAAAUUGAUGUAUGUGCGAAAAAUUCUGAAGUUAAAGACCUCUGUGUGACAGGAGCGUGGCUGACACCAUUUCUUCAGGCUGUCUACCUUUUUGUACAGUAUAUUAUCAUGGUCAAUCUUCUCAUCGCCUUUUUCAACAACGUAUACUUACAAGUGAAAUCUAUUUCCAACAUUGUAUGGAAAUACCAGCGUUAUCAUUUUGUCAUGGCUUAUCAUGAGAAACCUAUCCUCCCUCCUCCUCUCAUUAUCCUGAGCCAUAUGGCAUCUUUGUUCUGUUGUAUAUGCAAGCAAAGAAAGAAGGACAAAACUUCAGACGGGCCAAAAUUGUUUCUAACCGAAGAAGAUCAAAAGAAACUUCAUGAUUUUGAGGAGUUAUGUGUUGAGAUGUAUUUCAAUGAAAAAGAUGACAAAUUCCAUUGUGGGAGCGAAGAGAGAAUUAGACUAACUUCUGAACGUGUUGAGCACAUGUGCAUCCAAAUCAAGGAGGUUGGAGACAGAGUCAACUAUAUCAAACGUUCUUUGCAAUCUCUGGAUACCCAAAUAGGCCACUUACAGGACCUAUCAGCCCUGACUGUGGAUACCUUAAAGACAUUAACCGCACAGAAGGCUUCGGAAGCUAGCAAAGUCCACAAUGAAAUUACACGGGAGUUGAGCAUUUCGAAGCAUUUAACGCAGAACUUUAUUGACGACGGUCCCUUACGUUCUUCCGUGUGGAGGAAGCACAGUAUUGGCAACGUGUUUGGAUCUUCUUUCCCCCAAGGAGGGCUUGAGAGUAAUAAUGCUGUGCUGUGCAAUAUUUCUAUGCAAAACGAAAGAGAUUCUGGAUAUAAGAUUAUGGGUCUCCCCAAGGGAGAUGAAUUCACCUUUCCAGGGGCAGGUUCCUCAGGUAGUGCCUUAGUUCCAAGAGCUCUUUCUCCCCCAGAACUUCGUCAAAGAAUACAGGGUACAGACAUACCAAAAUGCAGUAGUAAAACGAAAAAGACAGGCAAUUCUUUAAACAGUAUGCCACAUUUCACAUCAACAACAACUAAAUUUUUCGUGAGCACUCCUUCUCAGCCAAGUUGUCAAAAUCAGUUAGAGCCUGUCACAGGGAUUAAAGAAGUUAUAGCCCCAAAGACUGCUGGUGAUGGGGAGAGUGCGGUUGAAUUUGGUGCAUUUGUGGGUAAGUAUAACGAGCGAAACCGUGUCCUUCCAAAAGUUGAUAUUCGUUGCCAUAAUUUCCCUGCCUCUGGUUCUGUUUCUUGUGCCGCCUCCGCCUCUCAACCUUGUGUUGAAAUUGGAGGAUGUGUUAAUCGUGGAUUUGUUUGUGAUGAAAGUGAUGCUCAUAGUGAAAGCUUCUCGGACAAAUGGAACCACCAUUCCUCUUCCAAGUUGGUGAAGGAUGAUGCCAAACAUACAUUGCAGUUAUCACCCACUAGUGAGGUCAGAGCUGACCCAAGUAGUGGUUUGAAAAGGACGCUGGACGUUGAAGGAUUUCCUAGAAGAGUUCCAGAAACAUCAAGAAAAACCUGUAGUGGUUCCUGCAUCAUUGCACAUCUUCAGAAAUUGCAAGGUCACAGAGACAGUAUGGAGUUGCAACGACAUAAAGAGCCUGUGGUGAAAAAUAAAGAAAGAAGUGAUAGUAUUAAGGAGCAACAAGAAGACUUCAGAAAAGCAAUUUUGGAAAGCAUGGAAGCAACUAAGAAUCAGGGCAACAGUAAUAAAGAAGGCAGCCUGAGGCCUGUUAGUUCGUGUGGCAGCUUUCCUGAUGAUCGUGGAAAUUCAUUAGCAGCCCUUUCAGAGCAAAUGCACAAUAAGAGCAGAAGAACUUCAACUGAAGAAUCUCAGCAGGUAGAUUCCAAGGCAGCCUUACUCAAAGAUUGGUUACCAUCAUACAGCAAUCAAAUGUCUUCUGAGGAAGAUGCCUUGAAUGGUAUUGCUUCUCCUUUUAAGCCCAUCAUGGACACCACCUACUACUAUUCAGCUGUAGAAAGAAAUAAUUUGAUGAGGUUGUCCCAGAGCAUACCAUUCACCCCUGUGCCUCCAAGAGGGGAACCAGUCACUGUGUAUCGUCUCGAAGAGAGCUCUCCUAACAUCUUGAACAACAGCAUGUCUUCCUGGUCUCAGCUAGGCCUCUGUGCCAAAAUCGAGUUCUUGAGUAAGGAGGAGAUGGGAGGGGGCUUGCGGCGGGCCCUCAAGGUGGCCUGCACCUGGUCCGAAUACGACAUCCUGAAAUCAGGCCACCUCUAUAUCAUCAAGUCCUUCCUCCCUGAAGUGGUCAACACGUGGUCAAGUAUUUACAAAGAUGACACAGUAUUACACCUCUGCUUAAGAGAAAUUCAGCAGCAGAGGGCUGCCCAGAAGCUCACGUUUGCCUUCAAUCAGAUGAAACCCAAAUCUAUUCCCUACUCGCCACGGUUCUUAGAAGUCUUCCUCUUAUAUUGCCACUCGGCUGGACAAUGGUUUGCGGUGGAAGAGUGCAUGACGGGAGAGUUCAGAAAAUACAAUAACAACAACGGAGAUGAAAUCAUUCCGACCAACAUGUUAGAGGAGGUCAUGUUGGCCUUCAGCCACUGGACCUAUGAAUACACGCGAGGAGAACUCCUGGUCCUUGAUUUACAAGGUGUCGGAGAAAAUCUGACGGAUCCCUCUGUGAUAAAAGCUGAAGAAAAAAGGUCAAGUGAUAUGGUAUUUGGUCCAGCAAAUCUAGGAGAGGAUGCCAUCAAGAACUUCAGAGCGAAGCACCACUGCAAUUCGUGCUGCAGGAAACUGAAGCUCCCAGAUUUGAAGAGGAAUGACUACACCCCCGAUAAAAUCCUGCUGCCUCAAGACGACUCUCCAGAACUGACCAUUCAGCCUGGGAGCUGCACCAAAGAAUUGGACUCUGCCGGUUCCAGUCAUUUGAUGCUGUGACGAUACACACCGCUCUCGGGCUUUAACCUAACGUUUGCCGAAGCCACAGGGUUCCCUCCAUUUUCUCGCUCCUGCAAAAUGGCAGAAAUGUUUCAUCAAAGCAAAACAAAAUGGAGACAGGACUAAGGACCGCCGGGUUGAGAUGGCUCCGGUGCCGUCAAGUGACCCGUAGCGGCAUGAGGGAAUCGCCUGGGAAGGAGUGGCUGACAGUGAGUGAUUCCUCCCCCUUUUAAAGAUUGAAUGGAAUUAAGUAUUUAUGAAAUCGCUUUUUAAAAAAGAAGCAUUUUAGCCGAAGGAAUACCUUUUACCUUUUAUCUUGGUCCACGGAGGGGGGUUUUCCCCCCUUCCUUCACCUGUAGUGCAAUAUGCCCUAACCGAAUGAUGUGUUUCUUUUUGGUCCUUGAUGGUUUUAAAGGCAGAUUAUGUCGGGCUUUUUGGCAGCUGGUUUCUGUCAUCUGGCUAGAGAAAUGGGAACGAGGCCCCCUCCCAGUCCCAGAGAUAUACCGAAGGAUUCUCUCCUCAGGGUGUUGCAGAUAAUGUGCUUUCGGCUCAGCGCCGUGUAUGUUUUUUUAUGUGGCUCCGUGGAACUCUCCUGCCCCGUGGUGCCAGUCGGGAGCAGGAAACGCUUUGGUCCCGAUCAAGAAGGAGCAGCGGCUUGUCUCCUGCAUCAGGAUUCACCCUCCGACGCGUGGAACCCGUUUCCGCGGGAUGGAUGUGCAUCACAAACCCCCCUCCCUUUCAAAAGAAAACACCACACAUUUCAGCUUUAUUAAGUCACGUCAACAAGAGUAGUCAAACCACACAGGUUGGGAGACAGAGGGCGGGUCUCUUCAGGGCGAAAUAGCACAGAAGACGUUGCCUUGCGAAACAAAACCGGGGUUUGGAAAGUGCCGUUUCUCUUUUUUGCAAAGUGGCUGCUUCGGAAGGGUCGCCUUCCAAAGAUCUCCUAAAAAAAACCCAGUAUAUGAAUGGCGAAUGUAUGUGUGAACAUUUUAGGUCCCUUUCGGGUGUUAUUAUACCCCAGCCGUCGUGUGUGGUUGGGUAAGAAGCAUCCGGUUACAUGGGAUGAGCCUUUGCCCAGGUUCCUUGCCAGGCCAGCGUGGUUUCCAUUGGGAUAAUGCUGGCUUAUUUGGGGCCGCUCCCUUGUAACACCCUUCUCACUACUGUUAGGAACCGUAACAUCCGAAGGGGACCCUUAAGUUGUAUUUACUAUUGUGCGAAAACACCUUUAAUGUUAUAUGUGGAACUUAUUUAAGAGAAUAUAAAAUAAGAGUUGGAUUUACAUUAUGUACCGUACGGGAGAUUGCAAUGCAACUUGAUGCCAAUAACAUGUAAGUUACCUGUCCCAAAUAUGUUGGAAUACUCAACGAGAUGAACCUGUCGUCCAACCGAAGUUUCAUGCUGCAACUUUUUUUUUUUGUUUGUUACAUAGGUACGAAUUGUCAUUUUUAAAUGGAAAGGCAUCGUAAAUGCCCGGUAAUUCUUUUUUUAAAAAAUCCGUAGUGUAUCUUAUAGAUACAGACAUUAAGGCACGAACACAGUAGCUGUUUCAAUGGUGGUUUAUUGUCGCUGGCGGGGGGGAGGAGGGGGGGAUGAAAAGUAUAGUGUAUUUAAGAUAUUAAAGUGUAUACAUUUUGUAUAUCAAGUCUUUAAACAAUCCCAAAUAAAUUUAUUCUUGUUUAGA